AUGUCCACGCCUCGGCGCAUGAGCGUGCAAGGGUCGCUCUCGACGUUCUUGAGCUCGAUCAACUCGCGCAGGUCUCUGACCCAGUUGGCGCGAAAGGCAUCCAAUUCAGGCAAAGUGUUCAAAAGCAUGGCGCAGUCCAUCUUGAUCAAGCACGCCACAAACAACGCCCGCGGGUGGGAAACGUACUACCGCCUAUUCAGCAAUUGCUCUGAGUUUGGCUUUGUAGCAGCCUUCCUCACAACCAUCGUCAUAUUGUACUAUUCGGGGCUGUGGCACCGACAAACCACCACUGGCCACGUCCCUUCCACGGUCAACUGGAGCACAAUUGGCAGCCAAUGUACACUCACGCCCCUGGGAUUUGUUGGAUGUUCCAGCCCCGAAAUAGCUGUCGUGUCCACUGCCGUGUGGACCGCCAUUGGCCAAUCGUUGGACCAGCAAUUGUCGUCCAACGUCGCUUUGAAGAUGACUACGUGUGUGAUCGGAACCUCUCGCGGAUAUGGAGCGGUCGUCUUCGUGCUCGCCCCAGACAUGUUUUCAACUUGUUCGGAAGACGUCAACCCACCGGUGGCAAUGUUGGCAAUGCUAGAAACCAGCACCAACGACGCGACAGCCACACCCACCUACCUCCUGUCCAUUCUCAACGACGAGCUAUCGCCGCCUCCAUCUCAAGUCAAAGACGACACAUCCGGCGCCACGUCGACGGAGGUGGCGACACGUGUCACCAAGGUUUUCAUUUCCGACACCGGCGUCACGUCCCCUGCUGCUAUCAGUCAAACGAACUGGCGAUUCCAAAGCCAGCCUCUCGGGCGUCGAUACACACUUUCGUUCAGCUGCUCAUCUGAAUUUAUCAUGUCCACUGACGGAUUCACCGGUCUGCUUUCGAGGAAAACGUGGAUUGUUGGGUGGACAUGUCGACACGAUGUAUCGAAUUGGGCCGAAGUCGCCAUCUGUCAAAUGGGGCUCAUUGCGAUUCUGGUGCAUUGGGUGGGCGGCGACUUGUUGUUGACGUUCCUGGGGCUGCAAGGGUUUCUCUUAGGCAAACCAGUGCUCACGUACGACUUUUUGUCGGGCUUGGAGCGCCGAAAGCGAACGGUCGUGCUGCUUAUGGUGAGUCGCUUGGUGACAUUAAUGUACACCGAAAUCACGCGGCUGUACGUCGACACCCCAAGCCACGGUGCCCUGUUCGUCAUGUCGUGCUUCAUGCUGUCCGGUCUGUUUGUCUGUGCAGUAUACUGCAGUCUUCUCGUGAUCCAACGUCUUCCUUGUCCCCAGCCGUGGAGAUUCAAAGCUGUGCGAAUUCAAGGACCGCUCUUCGUAACCGGCACGACCAUUUUCUGCGCCAUGGCCAGCGCUGUCUGCGACCUGCGACAACGGUACCACGACCCAAUAUGGACAUUGCGGACGCCGUCGCUACUCGUGGUCGUUCCAAACGCCACUAGUUCUUUUGCCACGGGGGCUUUCACAGAGUUGCAAGUCGCCCCCGUCUCGACCAUCCUCGCCCCCGUCAUGCUCAAGAUCAUGGGGGUCAUGCUUGGCAUCGCCGUGGUGCUGCCAAUGCUGUACCAUCGUCAAGUCGUAAUCGACUUGGCGUUUAUGAAACGCAAUGAGUUUCUGCACACGACAUUUGUACCGUCGUACGUAACGGCCUUACCCCUGUACGAAACUGACUGCAUUCGAUACGGGGGCGCCCUCGUCGUCAAGCCGAGCACCCUCGCGUUGUUGGGGUACGCCAUGCUCCAAGAACACAAGAUAAAGCGGCGGUCGCUCGUGGAAGUCAUGCCCAAAGCUACCAAGGAACACGACCCCCACUACCCCCUCCUCGUGAUUGUCACUGUGUACGACCUCUUGCCGUGCUUGUUGCUGCCGUGGAUUCCGUGGACACCCACGAUCGUUGGCACCGUCAAAAAGUACGCCUUCACCAAAGCUCCUCGCGGAACCAAGUUGCCUCGACGAAAGAAAUACGUGCCCACAAAAGGGUCCUGCGUCAGUUGACCUUUUGUCUCCAUGGAAUUGCGAGCUCCAUGUACAUAACGUAUGGCAGAGUAACACCAUUAUUGGAACACACAACCUCGCCCCAC